ACCACUCUUUUGCUACAAUUAUUUAAAGAUUCUUACGUGUUCCAUUGUUUAGAGAAAACCAAUUUCUCAACCACAAGUUUCAACAUUUAUUGCUUCUUGGUAUACCCCCCAAAAAAAAAAUCACAGAACAUUCGAUCUUACUGGUUUAUAUAUACUUGGGUAUUUCUCUCCCAGCCUUCUUAGCUUUCCGUAUCGUCUGAAAAUGUGCAGAGGUUUACAACAAGAUGGGAACAACUCGCUUUCUUGUCCGAAACAGGGUUUGUCUUCAAGGUUGGUGAACUGUGAGCUCUGCAAUUCCAGGGCUUCCUUGUAUUGUCAAGCUGACGAUGCGUAUCUGUGUAGGAAGUGUGAUCAAUGGGUUCAUCAAGCUAAUUUCUUGGCUCUCAGGCAUAUCAGGUGUUUCCUUUGUAAUACAUGUCAAAGUUUAAGUCAGAGAUAUCUCAUCGGAGCUUCACAGGAAGUGGUGCUGCCGACGAUGGCGAGCUCGUCGGAGAGAAAACGGUUUGAUUCUGACAUGGAAACUAAGCAUUCAACGACGCUUAAAACACCUUUUCUUUUUCUCUGAUUGUCACUUCUUCUUCUUCUGUUAUGCAACUUUUGGUUAUGGAGGAUCUUAUCUGGUUUGUCUGAGGUAUCAUUGAGGGUUUACAUAUAUGUAUACAUGUAAGCUCGUAUAGGUAAAGUCAUGAAUGAUGUACUCCUCAGUGUUGUGUAAACCAGAUUGACUUUCUCUCUCAUUAGUGCAUUUUUCUUAUGCAAACUCACAUUUAGCUUUC